AUGGAGGAAAAUCUUCAGUCUUUGACGGCAGGCAAAGUUCAGGAGUUGCUUGUAAUCUGCGGAAUCGGCGACUGCAACGAUGAGCCUAUUAAGCAACACAUCCUAGGCAUUUCUGACUUUGUCCGCGAAAUGAGACUGCGGGUAGGAAUAACAGAUCUACCACCUCUUCUUACUCCCAGAGCUAGUCCGAAUCCCGAGGCAACGCGUGGUUCUUACCGGUUCCUCCCAACACCUGAAAAACGAAGUAGAGCGGACUACAAGGGGCUAGAUGUGCCGUCUCACAAGAAGAAAAAGAGAAACAAAGCCAAAUCGAACAAGGCUACUACCAAAGAUAUGGCGCAAGAGGCGGAUGACGCCGUAGCAGUUCGGGAAGGGGACAUAUCAGCCGAACCUCCAUCGACGACUGAAGCGAACGCGGCGAUGAGCAUACCUCAGGCUGGGAUGUCCUUGACUGACAUGUACACCUAUCGAGGCGAGAAAGCGCCGCGCAGUAUCGUCGAGGACAUACUUGUCAACUGUAUCAAGCUUAACGAUCCACUUGGAAGAUACGGACACCGGUCAAAGCAGGCAAAUAUGACAACGAAGGUUGAAGAGAUCCAGAGUUUCGUGGAUGACAUUGUCAAGUUGCAAUACCCCGAUGCAGUCCAACUAAUCAAGCAGGAGAAUGCAUUCUCGGCAAGCAAAAGUAUCCAGUCUCGAUUCAACGAGACCGUGUAUUGGGAAAUCAUCAAGAAAGGCGCCGAGCUUCUUAACCCAAAGGAUUUGCCAAUCUCCAAAGGCCCUCUUGAUGAAUUCACGAUGGCCGAGAAGGUCGCCACCGAGCGCUUCAUGAGGGAAGCGGGUUAUGGACUUAGCCUCGCUAAUCAACGCCAGUGCCGUCUUUUCUGGAAACGACUAUUCGAGAUGCGGAACGCGGGUGUUUACAAAAUCCUCUUGUAUCGCACAAAGGAAUUCGACCGCUUCUGUAAAAGCUACUCAUCAGAAGCUGGGGCUUCUUUGGUAAGGAUGGUCCGGGACUGGGAAGGAAAGUAUGGCUUCCAUAUCAAACAGCUGGAAGAGCGUGUGGCCGAGGAGAGCAAGGGCGAUCUCACAGGAAGACUAUGGCUGAGCCAGCCGCUUGUAGCGGACAGACUAAGUGUUCCUGAAGUUGCGUGGAACAGCGCUAUCAACCCGUGGUCCUCCAGCGUAGAGGAAACAGUCUUCCAACUGAGCGGAUCACACGAGCCGUCAGCUGUACCGCUCGGUGGGUUCUUUGACCUGCAGCCAAAGGCAGAAACAACGCGAAACAAGUCUAUCUUUGUUACCCUUCAACCCAAAGAUGAUGUAUUUCUCAAAGUUUGUCCCAUCAUUUCAGUUCAGGAAGGAGAUACCCUCGGGGUAUUUGCUGGAGUGAUUCGGUACUCUUCAGAAUGUAGCGUUGUCUACGGUAUACCUGGUCCUGAAGAAAAUCUCUGGUUGGAUUACUCCACAGUGACUGGGGUACUAAACUUCAUGAGGGUAUCAGCUCCUGGGGGUGACUCCAAUGUUCGUCUUCAGUGGGAGCUCAUCGAUGGACGGAGCGAAGGACAAGUGCAUCUCAUGUGGAGAGUCUCCGUUGUUGCUCUUCGGGCAAUCCAAUCAUUCGAGGAAAUUGUUCGCGCUGCCCCUCAAAAGGAACAAUAUCUCUUGCACCAGUCGCCAGCUUGCGCAAAGCGAGGAUAUACGAAAUAUCGAAGUUUCUGA